UUAUGUAUUGUUUGUGGUUACCUGCUGCAGUUUACCGAGAUCUUGCAAUUGGCUUUCUGCCUCGUAAUCUGCCCAAGAACCAACGUUUCCUGUAAGAAAUUUAUCUGUUCGUUCAGUUAAAACGACAGACAGACGAUGUUCUUCUAAUAUUGAUGGAUUGCAAGAAUAUGUAAGAGACACGGAUUGGCAAGUGCCAUGUACCAAAUGCGGAGACACUGCAUCCUGAUAUUAGACAAUACAGUGACUUGCCAUUGUGGAUAGAAUAGAUGAGCAUACUGAGAAGCUACGUGGUAAAUCAAUUAUGAUGUACUGCGCAGGAGGUAUACGCUGUGAGAUGGCCUCAGCUUAUAUCCACUCCAAAAGUGAAGGCUUUGAGAAUGUUUUUCAGUUGUACGGUGGCAUCAAAAGAUAUUUGGAGCAAUUUCCAAAUGGUGUCUAUUUUGAUGGAAAGAAUUUUGUACUUGACAACAGAAUAUAUGUGGGAAGCCUUAAAGACAACAAACUUGGAACUUGUUUGAUAUGUGGUUUUACUUUUACCUAUGAUGACUACUCGUCCCGGUGCCGUUGCAGCCACUGCAGAAUGUUGGUUCUAGUGUUCUCCACAUGUCAGGAUUGUACCAAGGCCGAAGAGCUCAAGGACCAGCUGGGCUCUGGCCACCCCACCUUCAUCAAGCCCAUGUCCCACGGCUAUGCCACCAAAUCAGACAGUCUGAAAAUCCUGUUGAACUUCAGGCAGCAUCUCCCGGUGCAUGAUGAGAUCAUGGUUUUGGUGGAUGAGAUGAAUAACGAUUUUCACUUGUUAUAUUCCUACAAAAACCACAGAACUGACGGCUGCAACCGUAGGAUUAACCAGUGGAAAGGGUUUGCUGCUAAGCACGAGUUGGCUGAUGGUGACUGCUUGGUGUUCCAGCUGAUAGAGAGCAGAAAGUUCAAGCAUGGUUGGUACACAGAUUUAUAAAGAACCCAGAAAAGGAAGAUACCUUUGUUAUGACAUGCGGCGGCAAAGGGACCCUGAGCUCCUCCCUGAUGCUGAUGAGGAUGGAGCAUGGAAGGACCUGUCGUUCACGUGCUGUCCCGGCAUCCGACAAGGCCUUGGCGGACCUGCAGGAGACGGCCGUGGGCGAGGGACAGUGCUCAGUUUGUCUUGAGCCUCUCGACGCGGGCGAUGCCACUAGUUCAGGAUGAUGCCGUGCUCCCAUUCCUUCCAUUUGGAUUGCAUCUUCGCCUGGCUCCUAGUUAGCCCACUCAGCCGCUUCACGCUGCCCAAAAAGCCUAGGACUAAGCUAUGUAUUGCUUGUUAAAGAGACUAGCAAUGGCUGGCACGGCGGCACGCCGCGCCUCUGCUGUGGCUAGUCGAUGAUAAUUGUUGUUUUAAAUAUGGAACAUGGAAAUAGUAGAGGAUGGUCCGUAAAA